AUGCCCUCUCUUGUUCCUGACUACAUCAUUAAUCCCGUCUUGCGCCAAGCACGCCGACUCUCGUCCAACUUCAACUCCCCGGGGCCCGAAACGCCGCUCGACCAGCCGCUCGGGUCGUCCGAUCUAGAUUCGUCGACACUUGACGACGAUGAGAUUGUCGGGCCGUCACAAGGGCCGCAGCAGGCUGGCGGGGCGUUAGGCGGCCAGACAACCGCUCAAGGCCCGUCUGGACUGUCACGACUUUUUGCUUCCGCACGCACCUUUACUUCGAGUCCCUCCGCGAACACUUCUGCUGCCGAAAGCCCGACACAGCAGGAACAAGAUCAGGAAGACCAACUGGUGUCUGGAUCGGGCACCGCCGUGGCUGCACUGUCAACCUCAGCACCUCAAGGACAACACGCGCAUCGACGCAGCAAUGCAGCCGAGAUCGGGCUUGAAGACCCCUUUGGGUUGCUGAACGUGGCGGACGGGGCUGGGGAGCAUACUGGUGGAGCUGGCCAAGGGUCGCUUGGGAUGGGUACCCCGGCCUCCCUGCCGACGGGGUUCUAUGGGAAUAUAGAACUGCCUGAAGACGACGGCAUGCAGGCCUUGCGGCGGCGCAUCCUGGCGGUGCAGUCGCGCGACAUUGCCGCAGAGGACAAAGCGAAGAUGAUGCACAGCCUGUUGAUGGAAAGCUACCAGCGCUCGAGAAAACCCGCGUUUCCACUGCGGCCUGUGACACCAUCAAGCCCCCCGGCUACUGCAGCUUCGAUCCGGGACGAAGCGCCCGCAUCAUUUGGCCCGCUCGAGUCCCUCAAGUUUUGGCAUGCUGCGUACUCCCACGGAACACCACUGCCACAGACGCAGACAUUUAGUCUGACCGAAGACGAUAUACGGCCGACCUACGUACCGGAUGCGAAUGUGACAGGCGACGGAAUUGCGCGUGAUGAGGAGGGAAGGCAGCUGCUGGGCUGUGAGCACUACCGCCGGAAUGUGAAGCUGCAGUGUGAUGCGUGCGAGCGCUGGUAUACCUGCCGGCUGUGCCACAAUGACGCCGAAGAACACGUCUUGCCACGCCGUGACACAAAGCAUAUGCUAUGCAUGCUCUGCGGCCAUGCACAACGAGCCGGUGAUGUAUGUGCCAACUGCGGUGAGUCGGCUGCCCGCUACUUUUGCAGCAUCUGCAAGCUGUGGAACGACGACCCGGACAAGAGCAUCUAUCACUGCAACGACUGCGGCAUCUGCCGUGUCGGUGAAGGUCUAGGCAAGGACUUUUUCCACUGCAAGAAAUGUGGUUCGUGCAUUGCAAUCAACCAAGAAGAGUCGCACCGCUGCCGAGAAGGUGUCAUGGACUGCGACUGCCCCAUCUGCGGCGAGUACAUUUUCACGACGCACAAAAAGGUUGUCACAAUGAAGUGUGGCCACAUGAUCCACGACGACUGCCGCGCCGAGUACAUCAAGCGGUCGUACAAGUGUCCCAUCUGCAACAAGAGCGUCGAGAACAUGGAAAGCAUGUUCCGCCGGCUUGACAAGCACCUGGAAGAACAACCAAUGCCCGAGGAAUAUGCCAACACGCGCGCUGUCAUUUUGUGCAACGACUGCGAGGCAAAAACAUCCACCACCUACCACUGGGGUGGCCUGCGAUGCGAGGUCUGCCUCUCCUACAACACCGUUGAGCUUCUCUUGCUCAACCUACCAGCAACACACAACGGGCAGAACGCUGCUGCUGAGACGGGCCAGAGCGCGCCCGAAGAUGCCUCGGAUGCGGCAGGAAAGGCAGCGACAGAGGGCAGCACCGCCGUUGGUUCCCAGCUGGGGAUUGCGGCUCACAGCGCACUACAACCAGCGCCUUCUGUCCCGUCGACACCAUUGUCGUCAAGUCCACGGCCAGACAGCGGCAUAGCCCUCGCCCAUCCUAGAUCCCCACCGCUGAUGUCUUUCCGGUCCGCCUCGCCGGCCUUUAUGACAUCGCCUACGCGGGCGCCCGUUCUUGCCACUGCACCUCCCGGCUACUCCGAAGAGGGCUUUCAGUUGGAAGGUGAUGAGGACGACUACCAGCAGUCGUCUGACAUGGAGGACGGUGACAUCCUUGGCCUUUUUGACCGCCAUGCUGCCUUAUCAUGGGGGAGACGCAAAGUCAGUCCAUAUUUCGGUGGUGGCAAAAAGGACGACUCAGACGCCGACAACGAUGACGAUGAAGACGACGACGAUGACGACGACGACGACGAAGAUGAAAACAACGACGAAGACGAGGAAGAGGAUGACGAUGAUGACGAGGAGCCGAUCCAGCUGUUUGGGCACCGAUAG